AUGAGGGUGAAGCGGCAGCGGGAGGUGCGGCGCCAUGUGCGCUUCUACCGCACGUCCUGCGGCUUCCGCGAGCCGUUCAAGGCGGUCUGCGACGGCACGUUUCUGCACCACGUCACGCGCCUCCGCCUCUCGCCACUCGCCACGUCACUUCCCAAGCUGCUCGGCUUUCCGACACGUGUCUACAUCACACGGUGCAUUCUGGCGGAGCUGCAGCGCCUGGGGGAUGCUUUCAAGGACACGCGCUUUGCUGCCCGCCAGCUGGAGGUCGCCAGGUGCUCACACGAAGGAGACGAGGCAGUAACGGCAUCAGAGUGCAUACAGCACCUCGUGGCGGCUGGUAACCACCAGCAUUUCUUUGUUGCCUCACAGGACAUUGAAUUCAAGAAGCUUCUCAAGAAGGUGCCAGCAGUGCCAAUCAUCUCAGCCGAUGGAACAUCAAUCUCUCUGGAACCGCCCUCCCCUCUCGACCUCUCCUUGUUGGAUAAAGCCGCACAUGUUUCCGUGUGUAGCAGCUCAGUUUCCCCCCCUUGCUUCCCUCCCCACCCCCAGGUUUCAGCAGUGCCAAUCAUCUCAGCCAGUGGGACGUCAAUCUCUCUGGAACCGCCCUCCCCUCUCGACCUCUCGCUCUCCAAGAAAUCCGAAUCUGCCCGGCUCGGCCUGCCCGAACACGAGCAGCAGCAGCUGCUGCUGGCGCGGGCAGCCAAGCGAAAGAAAAGAAUCGAGGAGACACAGAAGGGACUUGUACCUACUGUGGUGGAUAGGGGGUUGGCGAGGCAGCAAGGCGGUGUUGCUGGGAGUGAGAGAGAAGCAGCGACAGGAGGAGAGGGAGGAGGCGAGGGGGAGGGUGUUGCUGGGAGUGAGAGAGAAGGGAGUGGUGGGGCAGAUGGUGCAGGGGCGGAGGAGGGGGGCGGGGGGGCGGGAGGGGUGAAUGUGAAUGCAGAUGCGUUUGGGUAUGGGUAUGAUUCGGAGGAGGAGGGAGAGGAGAGGAAACCGGAGUGGAAGCGGCUGGGGUAUGUGAAGGACAGAGCCAAGUUUAAACGGAAGCGAGUGAAGGGACCCAACCCCCUGUCGUGCAAGAAGAAGGCCCGCCCAGCAGGGGGGGCAGGUAGUGAAGGGAAGAUACAAGGGGCGGAUGGAGCAGGGCCAAAAAAAAGGCAGAGGAGACGGCGGAAGGGGGGCCAGGGGGUGGAGGGAGGUGCGGUGGAUGGGAAUGGUGUCACCUCUGAAUAG